AUGGGCCUCAAGAAAUUACACAAAUGUGGUGUUUUACUAGACUUCAACGUGGGCCAGGCUGCUCGCGCCCCUCUCCUCCUACAGUUCCGGGAUCUCCACGCCGACGAGGCCGACCCCGACGAGCUCCCUGCGGGGCCUCACGAUGAAUUGAUUACUUCAGUGCCAGAUAAAAAGGACUCACUCUGCCAACAAGAUGAUCAGUCACAGGGUGGUGAUACGUCGACAUCUUCAGGGCCGGAUCUACCCGAGGAUAUCUGGUGCCUUGUACAUUCACUAAUGCCAUUGUGUGAUUCUGCCCACUCUGCCUGUGUCUCUCGCACAUUUCUACGUUCUUGGAGAUGCCACCCCAAGCUUAUCUUCACUGAGGAAACACUAGGCUUGAAACAGACGGAAGCAAGGGAUUUCACUAGCAGAGUUAAUCAAAUUCUGAAAAAUCACUCAGACACCGGUGUGAAGAUACUCAAGUUUGUAAUCGAUGAUCAUAACAAUGUCAACACAUGUCAUCUAAAUAGUUGGCUCCAGAAAGCUGUCACACCAGGGAUUGAAAAAAUCACCCUUUUUCUGCCUUGGCGCAGUAGGGAAGAGUACAACUUCCCAUGCUCAAUUUUACUUGAUGGGCGUGGAAACUCAAUUUGGUAUCUUGAUCUCACCAAUUGUGCCUUCCGUCCCAUGGUUGGAUUUGAUUGCUUGAGAAGCCUGACAAAGCUGCGUCUCUAUGGAGUUUGUAUCACGGGGGAUGAGUUAGGGCGUCUUAUUUCCAAUUGUUUUGCUUUGGAGGAGUUGCAAGUCUGGUGUUGCAUGGAGCUAAUCUGCUUGACGAUACCAUUCUGGCUGCAGCGGCUUAGUUGUUUGACUGUGUCAGAGUGCGAUAUGCUGCGAGUGAUAGAGAGCACAGCUCCAAACCUCACCACUUUAGACUUCUUUGGUGAACCAGUACAACUCGUGCUUAGAGAAUCAUCAAAGGUAAAAGACUUGAAGGUGGGGUAUUCAUAUAAGCCCAAUGCUGUAAGUUAUGCUAUCACUAAGCUAUCUUCUAUUGCGCCACAUCUUCAGACUCUUGCUAUAUACUCGUCUUCUGAGAAGGUUAAUACCCCAAUGGUAGCUGACAAAUUCCUUGCCAUAAAGCACUUGAAUAUUCACCUUGGUGAGGAUGAUGAUGAUGCUGUUACCCCGACCUAUGAUUAUUUAUCCUUGGCUUCGUUUCUGGAUGCUUGUCCUGUCCUGGAGAGUUUCACCUUAAGUGUGGAUCAGAGUGACAUGCAGCAUGAUUCGGUUUUUGGGGAUCCCUCCUUAGCUUUGAGGCAGAUUCUUCCACACAAGCAUGAGAGGCUCAAGAAGGUACAGAUCAUUGGCUUCUGCUCUGCAAAGAGCAUGGUUGAGCUAACAUGUGAUAUUCUCAAGAAUGCAACAUCACUUGAGAGCCUCACGCUGGACUGUAUAUAUGGUGCGGGUACAGGGGCGAUUAGUGAUUCUGUUAGGUGUGGUCCCUCAAGAUCCGGUAAAUGCUGGAUCAGAAGCCGAGCUAUGAUCUUGGAAGCACAUAAAGCAGUUGGUGCCAAAGAUACAUCCUGGAGAGAGUUCCCCCUGCAGUCAAGUUAAAUGUUGGGGGGCCUUGUAGCCGGUGUCAAGCUAUGGAUGUGAUGCUACCGUAAUUAUCCAAUGUUUAGGUUUGCAAUAUUGCAGAUGCUGCCGUCGUCUUUGUUCAGUGUUGUUUAUAGCUAGUACUCCCUCCGUCCGAAAAUACUUGUCAUCAAAAUGGACAAAAAAGGAUGUAUCUAGAAUUAAAAUACAUCUAGAUAUAUCCACUUUUAUUCAUUUUGAUGACAAGUAUUUCCGGACGGAGGGAGUAUAUGCAACGCCGAAUGUGUUGUCAGAGUUUUUCUAUGCUAUGCACCUUAUUCGCGUCUCUUAACACUGCAAGUUGAUUGUUACUCUACCUAGAUUAGAGCUAAAGGCUUGCUAUGCAAAUACAUUUUGGUGUGUUUGGUUCCAAAGUAUUUUUAAGUAUUCCAAGAAUACCAAAGUAUCUUGAAAAACUAUGGUUUCAA